AUGAUCAUGAGCUCGUUCUUGAUGAGCUCGGCAGCCUCGCCGUACGUGCAAGAGCCCAAGUUCCCGCCGACCGAGGAAUAUUCGCAAAGUAGUUACAUUCCCAAUCAUGGAGCGAGUGAAUACUACCAUCAUCAGGGAGGAUACGGAUACGCGAGUGCUCCAGUGCAUCAUCCCCACCAUCACCCGCAAUAUCCCCGUGAUAACAUGGGAUACGGAGGUCCUCCGGCACCGGUCCAAGGAUACUAUCAGCAACCAUGUGCCAUGCCGUUGUCGCAGCCGUUGCCGGGGCACGUCGCCCCGAGUGUGGGUGUCCCCGUGGUGCAAACUCAGAGUCCCAUCUUGGGACACCGAUCCCCGGUCUCCUCGCCCCAGCCCCCGUACACGCCAAACAGUGCGAAUCUAAGUCAGCAACCGCCCCAGCAGCAACAGGGCGGUCUGCAGCAACAGUCUUGCCAUUCGGGGACCACACCGCCGAUCCCCGAUUGCUCUCAGGCCCAACAGCCGGGUUGCCAGCAGGCCGGAGAGGAUUCGGAUUCCAGUGGAUCUCAACCCGUCAUAUACCCAUGGAUGAAGAAACUCCACGUCGCCGGUGCUGGUAAGUACCUACGAAAUUACCCAAAAUUCGUAUUUUAG